AUGAACUCGAAGAGAGCAGCCGACGCGCACCGUUGGUGGAAAGAGGCCGUGGUCUACCAGAUAUAUCCCUCUUCUUUCAAAUCGACUGGCUCCGGAAAUACGCCAGGAUGGGGCGACAUCAAAGGCAUCACCUCCAAGCUAGACUACCUUCACGAACUCGGCGGUAUCGCAUUCAGCUUCCUCAUCCACCGACGCCAUAUGUACUGACUAGAUUGCAGUGGACGUCGUAUGGCUCAGUCCGGUAUACAAAUCGCCACAGGCGGACAUGGGCUAUGAUAUCUCAGACUACAAGGACAUCGAUCCCAAGUAUGGAACUCUCGAAGAUGUGGACGAGCUCAUUCAAGGCUUGAAGCGGCGCAGCAUGAAGCUCAUGAUGGACUUGGUCGUCAAUCACACCAGCGAUCAACAUGCCUGGUUCCUGGAUUCCCGGUCGUCGAAGGAUAACAAGCAUCGAGACUGGUAUGCUGAGAACUUUCGCCCCCUAUCGAGUCCGGGUCUCUACUGAUAGGUGGUUUUCAGGUACAUCUGGAAGCCGCCAAAGUUCGACAAGGAUGGCAAUCGGCAGCCGCCAAAUAAUUGGUGUCAACUGCUAGGAGACGCCAACUCGGCCUGGACGUGGGACGACAAGACGCAAGAAUACUACCUGAGCUUGUUCACUCCUGAGCAGCCUGAUCUGAACUGGGAGACCCCAGCUGUGCGGGACGCAGUACACGACGUCUUGCGCUUCUGGCUCGAGCGGGGCGCGAGUGGCUUCCGCAUGGACGUAAUCAACCAUAUCUCCAAGGACCAGAGGUUUCCAGAUGCAGAUGUGGUGGAUCCUAGCAGCAAAUACCAACCCGGAGACAAGGUGCGCGAGUUCUCAACGAGAGGUUUUGGCUGUGCUGAUGCACGUCCAGUUCUUCGCAAAUGGGCCACGCCUCCACGAAUUCCUGCAGGACAUGAACAAGAAGGUCCUCUCAAAGUACGACUCUAUCACAGUUGGGGAGAUGCCAUUCGUGCAUGACGAAGAUGAGAUACUCCGUGUGGUGGGCGGAGAGCGUAACGAGCUGAACAUGAUCUUCAUCUUCGAGAUUGUCGAGAUUGACAACAUUCCUAACGGCCCGCGGAUGACUCUUCGUAAGCUACGAGUUCACGAAGACAAGACAAAGCACUAACUUUGCGAUCAGGACCCUUCGAGACAAAGAAUCUCAGAGAUGUUGUAACUAGAUGGCAGAACGUGAUGCGUGAGAAGGGUGGAUGGAACUCGAUCUUUAUCGAGAAUCAUGUAUUUCUUUCACAUGACCGUCCCUCGUCAUGUUGUACAGGCUAACUUUCCCAGGACAACCCGAGGUCAGUCUCACGUUACGCCGAUGAUUCUCGAGAAUAUCGUGAGCUUGGAGCCAAGCUGCUCGCCAUGAUGCAAACGACACUCAGUGGGACUUUGUAUGUCUAUCAGGGCGAGGAGAUUGGGAUGGCUAAUGUUCCUCUGUCUUGGCCGGUCGUGAGUACAUGGGUCCCAAUUUGUCCGCGUAAGCUGACAAUUUUCCAAGGACGAGUACAGAGAUAUAGAAGCUAUCAAUUAUGUGAGCCAGCAUCAAGCUUCAAGCACCGUUCUCGAAAAUGGACACUAACCUAUCUGCAGUGGAAAAAGAUGCAAGAGCUCAGUGGCGGCGAUGAAGAGAAACUGCGACAUGCCAAGGAAAUCAUGCAAAGAAAAGCCAGAGGUGAGCAUCCCGCAGGGUGUAAGCGUGUUCGAGACCUUCCUAGUAACGCCCUUCCAGAUCAUGCCCGUACACCUGUUCAGUGGGACAGCGGACCGAAUGCGUAAGUACGACCACGGAAUGAUCUGACACUGUGGCUGAUUCAGAGUGAUCUGAAGUGGGUUCUCCAAGGAAAAGCCAUGGAUGCGGGUGAAUGACGACUACAAGACAGUCAACGUCGAAGCACAACGUUCCGCCAACGAUCCUGACGAGUUGAGCGUUCUGCAGUUCUGGAAAAGGGGGCUUGAGAAUCGCAAGAAGCACAGAGAUGUCUUCGUCUACGGCGAGUACAUGCUUCUCGAUGGGAAUCACAAAACGGUCUUUGCGUACAAGAUGGCAGGCAAGGACGAAGCAUUUGUGGUCGCCCUGAAUUUCUCGGGCGAGGCCGUCGACUGGCAGAUACCGAAGAGCGCAAAGGUAUCGAAGUGGGUGGCUGGCAACUACACUGCCGGAGAGCAGGGCAAGAGUUGCGAAGGGACGGUUCAGAUGCGUCCCUGGGAGGUAAGACGUGACAUCUCGUGUACGUGCGACGUACGAGAGUAUCAUUGCUAACUAAGCGACCUCAGGCCCUCCUCGGUGUUUCGGAGCCGUGA